AUGCAGACAGGAGGAGACACUGAGUGGACGUACAGCUGGUAUAAGAAUAACACACAGCUACAGAACACAGCACAGGAGUUUACAGACACAAUUGAUUUCAGUGGUAAAUACACCUGCAGAGGAAGGCAAGGUGACUCAAAGAGCUCACAGAUGAGUGAUCCUGUUAUGCUCUUUGUAUCAGAAAAACCCAAACCGACUGUGAGAGUGAAUCCUCAGAGCUCCAUCUACACUGGAGACAGAGUUACUCUGACCUGUUAUCUGCAGGGUCCUGGAUGGACUUUUCUUUGGGACAGUUAUCAGCAAUCAAGACAUCUGACAUCUGUAGAUACACACAGUAACACACUCAGUGUGACAAUCUCUAAUGAAGGACAAACAAAAUACUACUGUAAAGCACACAGGAGAAACUACAUGUCAGAGUUCAGUGAUCCAGCCACGAUCACAGUGAGAGCGAGACCGCAGCCUGUAGUGAAAGUACAGCCUGCUGAGAGUGUGUUCAUUGGGGAAAGAGUCACUCUCACAUGUGAGAUACAGACUGGAGGAUCCUGGCAGUAUAACUGGUAUAGAGAUAAUAAAGAACUCAGUGAUGCUGCAGGAGAGAAAACAUACACAAUCACUGACGUUAAAGAGUCUAAUAAAGGUGAUUAUACAUGUAAAGGAACAAAGUCAUCAGACCCAAAAUACACAGAGACCAGUGCUGCUGUUACACUGACUGUAUCAGAAAAUAAACCUGAGCUCACAUCAAACCUUAAAGGAGCUGCGCUGACUGGAGACUCAGUGACUCUUUACUGUACACUGAAGCCGCAGUCUGAUGGGUGGACGUUUAACUGGCUCAAACAGACAAAGAAAUCUGAGAAAGAAGCAGACUACCGUUCCUUCACCACCAAACAUGACCAUUCCUACACCAUCAGAUCAGUUAGAGUCUCUGAUGGAGGUCAGUACAGGUGCAAAGCUGAAAGAAGAAACCCAGUCCACUACACACACUACAGUGAUGCACUCUGGGUAAAUGUUACUGAGAGUCCUAAAGCUGUGGUGAGGAUAAACCUUGAUAAUCAUGUGUUCAGAGGAGAGAGAGUGACUCUCAGAUGUGAAAUACAGGGAGGAGGAGACACUGAGUGGACGUACAGCUGGUUUGAAAAUGAUUACUUACUCGACUCAGACCAAAUAACACAGGAGUUCAACCUCAGCCCAGUUACAAUUGAUAACGGGGGUAAAUACACCUGCAGAGGGAGGAGAAGCAGUGACUCUCAGAGCUCAGAGAUCAGUGACGCUCUUACACUCACUGUAUCAGACACAGCCGAGACAGUAGUGAGUGUGUCUCCACUGAGCUGGCUGACUGAAGGAGACUCAGUGACUCUAAGCUGUGAGGUUAAACACUCCUCUACAGGCUGGACAUUCAGCUGGUACACAGGUGUUCCCUACAGAGACAGUCAGGGUUCCCUCAGGUACAGGACAGCGCUCCUCUCAGACAGCAGCAGAGGAUCUGGAGGCUCCUACACUCUCAGUCCUGUUACUCUGAAUCACACAGGAGUUUAUAUGUGCAGAGCAGAGAGAGGAGAACCAGUCUUUCACACACACUACAGCAAACCACAGCCACUGUGGGUCACUGGUGAGGAAAUACAUCAGCAAUAAUUUUGUGCGCGUGUGUGUGGUGAUGAAGAGAGAGUAGAUCAACUGGUAGCAUAUUUUAAUGAUGAAACAUUCUGUCAUGAAUUCUCUUGUGAUGGGCGUGCACCCAAAUCUUUUUUCUGAUUGUCCCUCACUCCUGAGGGGUCACUUGACAUGUGGGCUCACCUUCAGCAGGUUAAGGGGCAGGGCUGGCUGGCACAGCUGUCUGGCUAUGACUGUAACCGUGUCAUUGCAGAGGCUGCAAGAGCCACUUUCUAUGUGAGUCCACUUCGCCACUCUGCCACCAUCACUCACCAGCAGACAGGAGAGUAGCAUGUGAAAGAGGCCACCCCAUGCACCCCAAGAACUCUAAAGGUAUAUGGAUUGUAUAGUGCUCUUUAAUCAGCUGCUGAAAGACUGCACUCAGUUUCGUUGAGGCAAGCCAUCGCGACUCGGUCACCUAAAGGAAAGGGCUGCUGCCUCAAUGUUGAGGCUUCCCUUCCCAGUCAGCAUUGCCGCUGCAGCCACUAGAGAAGUGACAGCCAGUCGUGUUCGACUCCUGCCUAUGGCCACACCAAAGGAGGACUGGGUGGGGUGAGCAGGCCACAACUCUAAACGUGGUGCUGAGGCUCUGCUGCCACCAUAGCCUGCCAGCCAUGUGCCUACAUGCCAGUUGGACACUGCUUAUGAUUUCUUCCUUUCGUCUCUCCUUAAAGUUCUUUCCUUUCCCCAAUUUUUCUAAUAAAAAAAUACCCUUUUCUAGACCUUG